CUACUUUUUUUCUUCAGAAAAUGAUCGUAUUACAACAUUGUACAAAACCAAAAACCUUCUGGAACAUUAUUAGUUGAUAAUAACAAAUCGUAAUAGCGGUUUCACCACUUACUCAUUUUACAUCAGAAGAACAUAAAUCAAUAAAAAUACUAAUCAUUAGGUAACAAAAUUGUCAUAAUUCGUGCCGACGAAAAAAGAAUAUACUCAAAAGAACAGUGGGGCAUAAUUGACAUUUUCUCAAUCUCCUCCAUAAUUGUGGUGAAGAGUCAAGCAAAUGCGUGAAUACAGAGUCGGAGGCAUCUGAGAAAGAGAGAAAGAGAGAUCUCAAUGGCGGCGAUAACAAGCGCGGUGAUAGCAAUAGCCGGAAUAAUCUUGGGAUGGAUAACGAUAGAGUUAGCUUGUAAGCCUUGCCUGGAGUCGGGCCGUGAAGCCAUCGACAGAUCUCUCAAUCCCGAUUACGAUCCUGAUGACCAAGACGUCGACUCAUCUUCCGAUGUUCGUGCUCCUCUCAUCCCUAAUCAUCCUCCCGAUAAUUCCGAUCCUGAUCCCACCACCGCGAUCAAGUCCGUCUGAUCGAUCUUGAGUUUUGUUUGUUGAUUUGCUAUCCUUUUGUAAAAGUUUGCCAAUUUCAGUUGAUUUGUGGUUGAUUUGUGGUCGUUUUAUUGAAAGCUUGUGUUUUUGUUCUUAUUGCAAAGUUAUAAUUAAGAAACAAGACGAGAUUUAGCCAUAUGAGUAAGGUUCUUGUUUUUGGGGACGAAUUGUGUAUCUCUUCUUUGAUCAGCACGAAAUAGCUUCCUUCUUGUUUACACAUCAACCAUGCCUUCAAAUUUUGCU